UGCUCCCUGGGAGCGGAAAGGCCGGGCGAGCUGCUUCCGGGUCACCGCAGUCGCGUCCGCGCCUUGGGGCCAGCUCCUCGGUCUUCUCUUAGACUGCUUCACCGCACCUGGGGCCAGGUGGCAGCGAUUUCGGUGAUGAGCUCCCAGAAAGGCAAUGUGGCUCGUUCCAGGCCUCAGAAGCACCAGAAUACGUUUAGCUUCAAAAAUGACAAGUUUGAUAAGAGUAUUCAGACCAAGAAAAUUAAUGCAAAACUACAUGAUGGAGUAUGUCAGCGCUGUAAAGAAGUUCUUGAGUGGCGGGUAAAAUACAGCAAAUAUAAACCAUUAUCAAAGCCUAAAAAGUGCGUUAAAUGUUUACAGAAGACUGUGAAGGAUUCUUACCACAUAAUGUGUAGACCAUGUGCAUGUGAACUGGAAGUUUGUGCAAAAUGUGGAAAGAAAGAAGACGUUGUUCCGUUUAAUAAUGAACCAGAACAUAGUGAAAAUAAUCAAAGAUCUAAUCAUAGAAGAAACUGCAAGCGGAAUGAAGAAAGUGAUGAUGACUUAGAUUUUGACAUUGAUUUAGACGACACAGAUGAUAAUCAAGUGGAUUAAUUGAA